UCCAAAUACCCUCUAGGGUUUUGGGAGCAAAGCAAAAUUGCCCACGACUGCUAUGGCGGCUUGCUCGCUACCAGAAUGCGGCUCCUCCUCUCUCCCCAGCUAUGGAGGCCUCAGACUCGCCAAGGCCAGCAUCCCCACCUCAUCGAUGUUGCUGCGGCGGAUGGAUUCCUUGCAACAGCAGCAGCAAACGCGGAUGAUCGUCGUCCGUGCUGAAGCCGUGGCCGCGCCUGCCAGGCCUCCGGCCACGCUUCCUGCCAAGCGGAGCAAGGUGGAGUUGAUCAAGGAAAACAGCAACUUCUUGCGCUUUCCCCUGCGGGAGGAGCUUGAGACCGAGGCUCCAAACAUCAAUGAAUCCGCUGUCCAGCUGAUCAAGUUCCACGGUAGCUACCAGCAGGCCGACCGGGACGUUCGCAGCGGAAAGGCGUACCAGUUUAUGCUCCGGACCAAGCAGCCUGCGGGUAUCGUCACCAAUCAGCUCUACAAGGUGAUGGAUGAUCUUGCCGACGAGUUUGGAUCCGGCACCUUGAGGCUGACGACGCGGCAGACCUUCCAACUUCACGGGGUGCUCAAGCACAAUCUCAAGACCGUGAUGAGCACCAUCAUCAAAAACAUGGGAUCCACGCUAGGCGCAUGCGGUGAUGUCAAUCGAAACGUGCUGGCCCCGGCGGCACCCUUCAAGAACAGGAAGGACUAUCUCUACGCAGUGGAGGCUGCGGAUAAACUUGCGGCUCUUUUAGCACCUCAAGCGGGUUCUUACUAUGACCUCUGGGUGGACGGUGAGAAGGUCAUGUCUGCUGAGCCACCUGAUGUCACCCAGGCCCGUAAUGACAACUCUCACGGGACAAACUUUGAGGGCUCCCCGGAACCAAUCUAUGGCACCCAGUUCUUACCGCGCAAGUUCAAGAUUGCCGUCACGGUUCCUUCCGACAACUCAGUCGACAUUCUCACCAACGACAUUGGGGUUGUCACCAUUGUCAAUGAGGCUGACGAGCUUCAAGGAUACAACAUUUAUGUCGGCGGAGGGAUGGGCAGGACACAUCGCAUAGAAACUUCAUUUCCUCGGUUGGCCGAACCUCUGGGAUAUGUCUCCAAAGAUGACCUCUUGCACGCUGUUAAAGCCAUUGUGGCGACGCAGAGGGAUUAUGGCCGCCGCGACGAUAGACGCCAGGCAAGGAUGAAGUACCUGGUUCAUGACUGGGGAAUCGACAAGUUCCGUUCGGUUGUAGAGAGCUAUUACGGCAAGCAGUUUGAAACAUUUCAGACGCUUCCACCUUGGAAGUUUGAGAGCUACUUAGGAUGGCAUGAACAGGGAGAUGGCAAACUGUUCUUUGGUGUUCAUGUAGACAACGGAAGAAUCAAAGGUGAUGCCAAGAAAACGCUCCGAGAGAUAAUCGAAUCAUAUCAGCUAAGUGUGCGUUUGACUCCCAAUCAAAAUCUGAUUCUAUGUGACAUUCGACCUUCUUGGAAGUCACGGAUUACAAAGACACUUGCUCAAGUGGGACUGCUGGCCCCUCGUCACAUAGAUAGUCUUAACUUGUCGUCCAUGGCAUGUCCAGCACUACCGUUGUGCCCGUUGGCAAUCGCAGAGGCUGAACGAGGCAUACCGAGCAUACUUAAAAGAAUCCGAGCUAUGUUCGAUAAGGUGGGCCUCAAGGAGGCGGAUUCGAUGGUGGUGCGAGUCACCGGGUGUCCUAAUGGUUGUGCGAGGCCAUACAUGGCAGAACUUGGACUGGUCGGAGAUGGAGCAAAUAGUUAUCAGAUUUGGCUCGGAGGCACGGCAAACCAGACACGGUUGGCUCAAACUUUUAUGGAGAAAGUAAAGAUUCAGGACUUUGAAAGGGUUUUAGAGCCUCUCUUCUACCUGUGGAAAGCACGACGAACAUCUGAAGAGUCUUUUGGAGAUUUUACAAUGAGAAUGGGAUUUGAUGUGCUAAAAAGUCACAUCGAAACGUACAAAGGACCUCGUACUGGAAGGUCACGCAUUCUUCUGGACUCUGAUGUCCAUGCUGCAUUGGAGAAGCAGGCGGAUGAGAAGGGUCUUAGCGUGCACAAACUGGCGAGUCAAGUUUUGCUGGACUACCUGAAUGGAAGUCAAGACAGCGAUAGCGAUUGAGGAGAGGUUCUUGUUGUUUUAGAUUUCGAGAUUUCUAAAAGUUUUGAUGGUGUGUGUCAAGCUGCAGAUGAAAUAAAUAGGCCGCCUCCAAUGAAGGUUGUUUCUUGAAA